CCUCGCCCUUUCGGAAAUUAUUAAAUGCCAGACUCAGCAAACUGAAACGAAGGCAAUUGUUGUAGCGAAGAAAGAGGGAACGAAUCGCAUCGCGCUCAAGGUAGCCUUUGGCAAAAAAAAAACUGCUGCUGGACCAGACCGAAGGACGAACGAGUUAUCGAACGCCUGCAAAAGGUUGUGAAUAAGCGUACAGUUCUAAACGCCAUCCCAAACCAACGCCAUCCUCCAUCGAGUCGCUGUGCCAGUUUUAGGCGUGUACAGGGAGAGAGAGAGAGAGUGUGUGCGUGUGUCGCCAUUGGGAAAUAGAAAACGGUGUGCGCGUUCGGAGCGGUGCGGCACGGAAGCGUAGCGGAGUGUGUUAAAGCAACAAUUCUUCUCCAGACUUGCAUCUCAGCGCCCAGCUGGGGAGCUCUCGGUCAGUAAGAAAGCCAGUGGGCAACACGUCACUGGCGAAGCAGAACGCCUCUAUCGCCGUAAUUAUCGCGCGUUUGACAUAAACGUACGAAAGGAAGGGCAGACCAGAGGAGGAGGAGGAGGAGGAGGAGCAGCUGCAUCUAUUCACCAUCCGCAUUGCUAGUGCGCUAGAGUGUGCGGAAGAAAAGAGGUCUGGGGCAAGCGGAACCACAACGCGUCCUAAAAGAAAAGGAGAAGGUGUGCGUGUGUGCGUUUGGUUAGCGCAGAUCAACAAGAAACGGGAGGAGAAAGAAUGGCCCAAAACAUCAACCCCGAGCGCGCACAGUCAUCGAACCCAUCGAAACAGAACGAUGAGGCGCUGAUAAACAACAAUAACCAGGCGGUUAGCAAACGACUCCAAAAAGAGCUGAUGGCGCUGAUGCUGUCGUCGGAAAAAUCGAUCUCCGCCUUCCCGGAGGGUGAAAACUUCUUCAAAUGGAUCGGCACUAUCAGCGGCCCGGACGAUACCGUCUACAAGGGGCAGAAGUACAAGCUGCUGCUGGAGUUCCCCAACUCGUACCCGUACUCGGCACCGAACGUCAAGUUCAUCACGCCCUGCUUUCACCCGAACGUUGACCUCAGCGGUUCGAUCUGCCUUGACAUACUGAAGGACAAGUGGUCCGCGCUGUACGACGUGCGGACGAUCCUGCUCUCGAUUCAGUCCCUGCUCGGGGAACCGAACAACGAUAGCCCGCUCAACUCGCAGGCCUCCCAGCUGUGGCCGAACCAGGUCGAGUACAAAAAAUAUUUGGACGAUUUCUACGAGAAGAACAAGGACUCCUAAAGUGGUGGGCGUGCGUGCGUGCGGGACUUGUGAGUGUAGCUUUCCUCUCUCCUCUCCCUCCCCGAUUCACCGGAUGCUUUUUCGCAGCCACCUCCUCACCAAUUGGAUCCUUAAAACUACCGACCCUACACAUCCCCCCUUUAAUUAGUAGAACAAUUUAAUGAUAGGAGAUUAGCCAGAAUCAGCCUUGUCGUCGUCGUCGUCUGAGUCAGUCCCAUCAGGAACCGGAUCGGUCAGUGGGGAUGUUCUUGAUGUGUGGGUUAAUUUAUUCGCUUUAAAAGUGCACUUUUCGGAUAUCAUUUGGAAGGAUAGGAAGGAAAUUAGCUCAGUUGCAGAAAGAAUAGAAGACUAUUGCUCUCAAUGAAUUUCAAACGUUUUCAAACAAGUCCAACAAGGCAAGUCCGUACUAAAAGCAAUGCGUUAAAUUUAGUUUAUUCAACAGUUUUAAAGCCUUCUCUUUCAAUGACUCCGAGAGGUAGCGAAGGCGAAGAUUAAACUACACCAUCCAUCAUCACCGCCUCACCGAUUGGAAGGAACCGACUUUGUGUUUAUUGUGUUAGCUUUUGUUGUACUUUUCGUACUGUUAACAGCAGCUUAGGUUUGAGGAAGCGGAAGGGAGAUUUUGAUUUACUUAAAAUGGUUGCGACCUGAACUAACCGUUCGCAAAACCUAACGCGUGUUGCCCUAGUAGUUUAUAGUUAAAUGAAAUUCACCAUGUAACAUGCUUGUUUUUAAGGCUCAUUUUAAUUUUGACUAUCAUUGUAUUUGCGUGAACCUUGUUACUUGAGUCGCAACAGUUUUGCGUGGUUCAGAUUUUCUUCGGGCACCACUUUAUUCUCAUUCAAUGUCAACAAUCCAAAAGGUUUAGCUUAGCAUUAAUGAUUUAGGCACAUACACAGAAACACACAGGCUACGAUUCGGAAAGCUAAAAAAGCGAAAGACGGUGAGACAGUUUAGUUAGUUUGUUUGUUUGUUUUUUUUUUUUAUGUGACCGUUAGCACAUGGAUGGCACGUAGCUAGCUGAUGGGACGAUAAAAAAACAAAAAAUCAAUAUCCUUAGUUGUGUGGUGGCUGCUGGCCUCAUCUCCCUCUCAUACACUGCAAUCUCGGCCAGAGUACGGGGCGCGGGCAGGCUGAACGAAUCGAAUACAGAAAAGGCUAGCCAGUUUCAAUAAGGGUCUGGAAAGGGAAAGAAUUUAUGUAUUUAUUUAUAAUUUUGUGUGCAGUAGAAAAGCGAAAUAUGAACUUGGUCGUUUAAAUCACAGCAACUAAGCGGAAUCAAAA